AUGGACACCACUAACAGUAAGAAAGAUGAAAGCGAUAUUAUUCACCAAGAAUCUACGAAACAAUUACCACCACAUCAUUUUACAUUAUCGCUUCUUGAUAUCAUGCAAUCACUCGUGCAAGCAUGGGAAAAAGAACUCGCAACAAUUGAUCUUCCGCAAAAUUCACUAAAAGUAGAAAUCCAUCACACCACCUUCCAAAAAUACCUAGAAAAAAAACCGGCCGAAUGUCUAGUAUCACCGGCCAACAGUUUCGGACUAAUGGACGGCGGACUUGACUACUUCAUUUCAGAAUACUACGGCGGCGUGAACUCGUUGAUUCCGGUCGUACAAUCAGCAGUACAAGAAGAUUGGUGUGGCGAACAGAACGUAGGAACCUGUCUACUGGUGGAUGUGGACGAAUUAGCACAAAAAGUCAAGGAUCGAAAAAAUGUUCCACGGUAUAUCGCCCAUUGUCCUACGAUGCGGACACCGAAAAAAUUAUAUGGCGAUGAUGAUAUUGUGUAUCGAUGUACUUGGGCGAUUUUGACUUGUAUUCGUAAGCAUAAUGCGACGCUGCGUCGACCGGAAGAUAGGAUUAAUAAUGUUAUCUGUGCGGGAUUUGGGUCUGGUGUCGGUGCUUUUCCGGUAGAAGGAUGUGCUAAACAGAUGGUGUUGGCUAUUAAGCAUUUUCUUGAGGCGCCGGUAAAUGUCGAUGGGAAAAAGAGUGAUGAUAAAGAUCAUGGAUGGUUGUAUGCGAGACGUAUAGAAGAUAGUGUGCAACGUUCACGUUUGUACGUGCAUCAAAAUUAG